AUGAGCCGUAGAAGUCGAUUGUUAACGGGAACCGGGUUGAGUUCGAGUCCUUUGGUUUCACUGCCUCCUGGCGGAAGUCGUGUUGUUUACUUCCCUCAAGGACACAGCGAACAAGUUGCAGCAUCGAUGCAGAAGCAAACAGAUUUUAUUCCAAAUUACCCUAAUCUUCCUUCUAAGCUGAUUUGCUUGCUUCAUAGUAUUACUUUACAUGCUGAUACCGAGACGGAUGACGUCUAUGCACAAAUGACUCUUCAACCUGUGAAUAAGUACGACAGAGAAGCAUUGCUAGCUUCUGAUAUGGGUCUGAAAAUAAACAGACAACCUACUGAGUUUUUCUGCAAGACACUUACAGCAUGUGACACUAGCACUCAUGGUGGAUUCUCUGUACCACGUCAUGCUGCUGAGAAAAUACUCCCUCCUCUUAAUUUCGCGAUGCAACCCCUUGCACGAGAGACUGUAGCUAAAGAUUUGCACGACACUACAUGGAUAUUUAGACAUAUCUAUCGAGCUGACGUUGGGUACUUGGGUAUAAGACGUGCAAAUAGACAAACACCGACUCUUUCCUCAUCGGUGAUAUCCAGCGACAGUAUGCACAUUGGGAUUCUUGCAGCUGCUGCUCAUGCCAAUGCCAAUAGCAGCCCUUUCACCAUCUUCUUCAAUCCAAGAGCAAGUCUUUCAGAGUUUGUUGUUCCUCUAGCCAAGUACAACAAAGAGUUGUACUCUCAAGUAUCUCUUGGAUGGCGGUUUCGGAAGAUGUUCGAGACUGAGGAUUGUGGUGUUCGAAGAUAUAUGGGUACAGUCACCGACCCGUUAGCUCUUCGCUUGCUGCACCGCCUUCUUGCAUUUGAUCCCAAAGACCAUCCCACAGCUGAAGAGCCACUGGCAGAUCCUUACUUUUAUGGACUGACAAAUGUGGAUCGGGAACCAUCUACCCAACCGAUUCCAAAACUUGAGUUUGAAUUUGAAAGAAGGAAGAUAAUGAAAGAAGACGUCAGGGAAUUGAUCUAUAAAGAGAUACUAGAGUAUCAUCCUCAGAUGCUACAAGAAUAUCUUCGAGGUGGAGAACAAACGAGCUUCAUGUACCCUAGUGGUGUUGAUCGGUUUAAGAGACAGUUUGCUCAUCUUGAAGAACAUUACGGUAGGGUGAGAGAAGCACUCCUCUUCAACAACGUCACGCUUCUUUGCCUAGAGAGAGAGUCCUAG